AUGAAAGUAUUAAAUAUUAACAACAUAACCGAAUUCAUCUUUUUGGGCCUCUCCCAGAAUCCAGAAGUGCAGAAAAUAUGUUUUGUGCUAUUUUUAAUCUUUUAUAUAGCUAUUGUGCUGGGAAACUCUCUUAUUGUUUUCACUGUGGUUAGCAGCCACCAUCUCAACUCCCCCAUGUACUUUUUCCUGAGCUACCUAUCCUUCAUAGAUGUCUGCUAUUCCUCCGCUAUAGCCCCCAAAUUGAUUGCAGACUUCCUCAUUGAGAAGAAAACCAUCUCCUUUGUUGGAUGCAUAACACAGAUGUUUUGGGUCCAUUUCCUUGGCUGUACUGAGAGUUUUAUCCUUGUGGUGAUGGCCUAUGAUCGUUACAUAGCAAUCUGCAAACCUCUCUACUACACAACCAUCAUGACCAGGCAUGUGUAUGGUUGGUUGGUGGUGGCUUCAUGGCUGGGGGGCUUCCUGCAUUCCUUGUUACAGACCCUCCUGACUGUUGGAUUGCCCUUCUGUGGGCCAAACAAGAUUGACCACUAUUUCUGUGAUGUGCACCCUGUGCUGAAAUUGGCUUGUACUGACACCUAUGUUCUUGGCCUCAUAUUUGUUGCCAAUAAUGGGAUGGUUGCUUUGAUCUGUUUCCUCAUCUUGAUUGUAUCCUACAUUAUUAUCUUAGUCUCUUUGAAAAGUCACUCUUCUGAAGGGCGCCUCAAAGCUCUUUCAACUUGUGGCUCCCAUAUCACAGUAGUGAUUUUAUUCUUUGGGCCAUGCACUUUUACUUAUAUACGCCCUUCCAGCAACAUGGCAGAGGAUAAGAGGAUCGCUGUGUUUUACACCCUUGUCACCCCCAUGUUGAAUCCAUUGAUCUACACACUUUGA